AUGUUUCAGUAUUUUGUGAAUAAAUUGCUUGGGGAUUUACCCCCAAAUUUUAAUUAUGUAAUUAAAAAGAAAAUAGAAUAUAAUGGAAUUCGAGGAGGGUAUUAUGAUAUAUAUGAUGGAGUAAAUAAAAAUAAUGAAGAGGUUAGUAUUUUUAUUUAUGAAAAAAGUAAUAAAGAUUUUCAUAAUAAUGUAAAAAAAUAUGUUAAUAAUCAUUUAAAUUAUUCAAAAAAAUUAAUUCAUCCUAAUAUUUUAAAAGUAUUAUAUACAUUUGACAAUGAUAAAAGAAUAUAUAUAGUAACUGAAAAGUGUGUACCAUUAUUUUUUGAAAAUAUAAAAGGUGACCCUAUAUGGGGAAUAUAUGAAGUUAUUAGUGCUGUUAAUUUUAUUAACAAUUAUAAUUAUGUCCAUUGUUUAGUAAAUCCAUUUUCUGUUUUUGUGACUUCGAAGGGUCGAUGGAAAUUAUCACUAUUUGAUUGUAUAUAUGAAAAAAAUAUGAACAUACAUAAUAUUAUAAAUAAUAUUCAAGAUCAUUUAUUUUUUAGUUAUGGAUAUAGACUAAUAAAUUUUUCGAAUGUUGCAAAACCGGUUGCAAUUGAUGCAUAUGGUUUAGCUUAUUUGAUGGUAUGGUCUUAUCAAAAUUAUAUGACGGAAUCGCAAAAUAAAGAAGGUAAUAUGGGCAUUGCAAAUAGUAAUUUUUCUGAAGGGGAAAGGAAUGAAUAUUUUUUAAAUGGUGAAACAUUUAAAGAGACAAAAAAUAAAUAUUGUUUAAAUAUAGAUAUAAUGCAAAUAUAUAAAAACUGUUUACCACCAAACCUUUGGAAUAUAUAUGAGACAUUACUUCAAUAUAGUGUAAAGGGUAUAGACAUAAACUUUUCAACAAUAUUAAAUAGUGAUAAUAUAACUGGGAAUUAUAUAGUAAAGACAAUGUUAUUUUUAACUGAAAUUCAUAUGAAAUCUCGGAUUGAAAAAACAAAUUUUUUUAGUAACCUUUAUGAAAAUUUAAAUAAUAUAAAUAUAGAUGUAAAGGUUCAAUUAAUACUACCAGAAAUAAGUAAAAAUUUGGAAGUAUCUGAAAAUUUAGAAAAAUGUUUACAGAUUAUGUUAAUAAUUUCUAAAGAUAUGGAUAUAAAUGAUUUUGAAAAAAUAGUAUAUCCAACUUUUUUAAAAUAUUUUUUACAAACAGAUAGAUCUAUUAGGUAUAUGUUAUUAGAAUGUUUUCCAAUGAUUGAAAAGAAUUUAAAUAAUAAUAAUAUGAAUGAAAUAUAUUUAUCAUAUAUGUAUGGAUUUUCUGAUAAUAAUAUAUCAAUAAAAAAUGCAACUAUUAAAAAUUUUAUUUAUGUAUAUCCAAAAUUAAAAAAUAGUUUAAAAACACAAGCCUUACAUGUAUUAUUAGAAAAUUUAAAGGAUAGAGAUUGUUGUAUUAAAUCCAAUACUAUUAUAUGUAUUGCAAAAAUAGCAAAUUAUAUAUUAGAUGAUAAACAGAAUAUAUUAGAAAAUGUUUAUAGAAUAGGUUUAUGUGAUAUGUAUGUACAAAUACGAGCAGCGACACUUCAAGCUAUAAAAGCUACUUACAACCAGUUUGAUAUAAAACGAUUUAUUUUAAAUAUAAUGCCAUUAGUAGUUAAAUGUUUAAUUGAUGAAUCUCCUGAAAUUCGGCAUAUUACUUUUGAAUUAUUUGAUUUUGUUAUUCCUUUGUUGAAAAGUUCUCUAAUGAAUAUUGGAGUUAACAAUACAGACACAAAAAGAAGUGAUGAUAAAAGUUGGGUUGAAAAUUCUUGUAUGAUUGAAAAAGAGGAUAACCCUACUUAUCAUCAUGGAUAUAAAUUUUCUGAAAAUGAUCGAAGCAAAUGUUUACAAGAAGGAGUUAUAAAUAAUAAGACAAUCAUGAUUCAGACAAACCCAAACAAUGCCAAAAAAAUUUUUAAUACCAACACAAGAAACGAGAAUAAAAUAGAUAUAAAUAAAAAAGAAGAUAAAUUAAAAAGUAUAAAUGAGAUAGAAAAAGAGAUUUUAGAUGAUUUUGGGUGGGAUCUGGAUUUUACAGAGGAAAAAAAAAACUCAAAAAAAAACAACGUAAACAUUAAUGAUUUUUUUGAUGAGUUUAAUCUUAAUAAUGAAGAAAAUACUCCAAGAUUCAAAUUGAGUUCAUUACAAUAA